AUGGAAGUCGAACUUCACCCCAGACUAUCAAAUUCUACUCACGAUCAACAUGAACACGAUGAUGCCCAACUUCCUCCCGCCGACGGAGGAAAAGACGCAUGGCUCUUCCUGGCUGCGUGUUUCGUUAUUGAAGCCUUGAUCUGGGGCUUCUCUUUCGCCUUUGGUAUUUUCCAAAACUACUACUCAACCCACGAACCCUUUAAAGGGUCUGGAAAUACCGCUAUCAUCGGUACUUGUGCAAUGGGAGUGACAUAUCUCCUCGCACCAUUCAUCUUCGGCCUGUUACAGUCUAUGCCCUUUCUGCGAAGAUGGGCGACCCCCGCUGGGUUCUUGAUUAUUUGUCUCGCGCUGGCACUGAGUUCGUUCUCGACGACUACGACGCAUCUUAUCUUCUCGCAGGGUAUCUUUUAUGGCAUCGGGGCGAGUGUUGCCUAUGCGCCGACUAUCAUCUUUAUGGAUGAGUGGUUUGUGAAGAAGAAGGGGAUGGCGUUUGGGACUAUGUGGGCUGGAACGGGUCUGUCGGGAGUCGUCCUCCCUCUUGUCCUGCAAUGGCUUCUUAAUAUGUACGGCUUCCAAACCACGCUUCGCAUUUGGGCGAUUGUCGUCUUCGUCUUAGCUGGUCCGCUGCUGUAUUUUGUGAAGCCUCGUAUUCCGAUCUCAUCGAAUACCACCAUCCGUCCGCUCAAUCUGAGUUUCCUCAAAGACCGGACCUUCCUCAUCUACCAACUAGGUAACAUCAUCGAGGCUCUGGGGUUCUUUCUCCCGAACAUCUAUCUGCCUACCUACGCCCGUACCCUGGGCGCCAGCAAUCUGACUGCCUCUUUGCCUGUCAUUCUAAUCAACCUCGCCUCGGUCUUCGGGUGCAUCACUAUGGGCUCGCUAAGUGACCGCUACCACGUCACGACUUGCAUCCUCAUCUCUACGGUGGGGAGUACGUUGGCGAUAUUCGUCAUCUGGGGAUUCUCCAUCAGCCUUGCCCCUUUGUACAUUUUCUGCCUCGCGUACGGUUUGUUCGCGGGAUCUUUCACCUCCACCUGGCCUGCUGUGUCAACCGAGGUGCGUAAGAGGAACAACUACGCCGAAACUGGGAUUGUCUUUGGAUUCUUGGCUUCGGGGAGAGGAGUCGGGAACGUGGUCAGUGGUCCGCUCAGUGAGGCUUUGAUUAAAGGAUUUCCCUGGCAAAAUGCUGCUGGUGGUGCGUAUGGUAGUGGAUAUGGCGCUUUGAUCGUUUUCACGGGGGUUACUGCUCUUCUGGGUGGGUUUAGCGUUGCUUUACGGCCUUUGAAGGUGCUGUAA